UUUGUUGGAUUUUAGUAUUUGGCCACACGCCAAAAGUAAUGCAAACCGAAGUAAACUUAUCGCACAAUCGCAACUAUAUUUCCCCGGGCCGAGAGCGCUGAGACGGAACGCUCCCCAUAUCAACAGCGGCCGCAACCCUAACAGCAACUACCUAAAUUAAUAUAAUAUACAAUAUUAUACGAAUCGGGUAACAUUUAGUAAUCCAAGUAGUGUGUAUCCAUCAGCAGCCAGCAUCCAUAUGACCAGGCGUAAAUAGUACUAUUUGGCAAAACCAUAGCAAGAACAAACGAGCAACAUGGUUGGCGUAAUAUGUUCGGCAAUAGCACCGGUGGAUGCUGCUUCCAGAUUAUCCUUUAUAAAAUCCAAUAAAGCUUAUAGUUCCUGUACACUAAUCGGCAAUUGGUACAAUGACCGCAUAAACAACGAAGUAAAGAAGUAUAAUCCAGUCAACACUUUGCCUAGCCCCACAGAAGCGACAUCGACCGAUCAGUCCAGUUAUCAGGUACACUACGCACAUCCAAAUGAAAUAUCUCGCCCAGACGCACCCUCUUUCGAGCAGCAAAGAGCGCGCUAUAAGAUUAAUGUGCACAAAGGCAAGGAUAGUAGUGUGCUGAUAAUGGACUCUGAGAAAUAUUUAUCCAAUUACACAACGCUCAAUGAUAUCAAGUACAGACUGCAGCCGCCGCAAGACAAUUGGUCCAAGAUCACAAAUCGGCCGGGGAAGGGGCUGCGGAAAGAGAACUUGCUGCAAAGUUAUGGCAAUGAGACGAACUUCGGCUUGCGACAUUGGUUAACGCAAAUACGAAAUCAAGCCAAAUUGUAUCGCUCGGAUGACACGACUUAUGCUGAUGAAUUUCGGCAUCCAAAACAACCGAAAAGAAAGGACAUGCGCUAUUGCAAAUGAACUGGGCCACAGUGUAGUAUUAAUCUAUGGGCGUGGAUUGUAAGUGUGAAAGUGCUAAAGUUAUUGUUUACAACGCAAAUUAAUAAAAAAUUACGUAAAAAAUUAUAAAAAUCUACGAACAAAAUUAAAACCACAAAC